AUGAGUAAGAUGACGAAAAAUAAACUCAACCUGACGUUGCCGCCAGGGUCGGUCGAUGUUCCCGCUGGACAACAAACAACGCCAACACCCUCUUUCAAAACGCCAUCGGGGACCGAGUACGUGAUUGGAAAGCACAAUCUGUUAGGCAAACCUAAAAACAGCAUCGAUGCACUCACUGAAACUCUGGAAGAACUGGAGAUGGAAGAAAGUGCACGUAAGCGAAUCAAGGUUUUUCUUAGCCAAAAGGAAAAAAUUGGUGAGCUCAGCGACGAAGAUUUGGAAAAGCUUGGUGAGCUGGGAUCUGGCAAUGGAGGUGUAGUCAUGAAAGUGCGCCACAUCCCUACCCAACUGAUAAUGGCUCGUAAGCUAAUACACUUGGAGGUAAAACCAGCUAUAAAAAAACAAAUUAUUCGCGAACUCAAAGUACUACAUGAAUGCAACUUCCCGCACAUUGUUGGCUUCUAUGGUGCGUUUUAUAGUGAUGGUGAGAUAAGCAUUUGCAUGGAAUAUAUGGAUGGUGGAUCGUUAGAUUUAAUAUUGAAGCGUGCCGGAAGAAUACCGGAAGCUAUUCUUGCCAAGAUUACAUCCGCUGUCUUGAAGGGAUUAAGUUACCUGCGUGAUAAGCACGCCAUAAUGCACCGAGACGUGAAACCCAGCAACAUCCUCGUAAACAGCAGCGGAGAGAUAAAAAUUUGCGACUUUGGCGUUUCCGGACAAUUGAUUGACUCGAUGGCAAACUCAUUUGUUGGAACACGGAGCUACAUGUCGCCUGAGCGUCUUCAAGGGACACAUUAUUCUGUACAGUCUGAUAUUUGGUCGUUGGGAUUGUCGUUGGUAGAAAUGGCUAUUGGAAUGUAUCCUAUUCCUCCACCAGAUGCUAAAACCUUGGAUUUAAUAUUUCAAGAAAAAUCCGAUGACAGCUCUCCAGGGCAGAGCUUAAUAGAACCAAAACCGAUGGCCAUUUUCGAACUGUUGGAUUAUAUAGUGAAUGAGCCACCCCCAAAGCUAGAGCAUAAUUCUUUCACCGAUCGGUUUAAGAACUUUGUCGAUCUUUGUUUGAAGAAGAAUCCUGAAGAACGUGCAGAUUUGAAAACACUGAUGAAUCACAAUUGGAUUAAGAAUAUUGAAACAGAAGACGUCGAUAUUGCUGGAUGGGUAUGCAAAACGAUGGACUUGGCCCCGUCGACUCCUAAGAGAAAUGCUUCUCCGUUUGCAAAUUGAAUUGUAUCUAUAGUGAUGUUGUGCAUCUACCUAAUUCCUUACUCCUUGAUUGAAUUUGCACUAGAAAAGCAUAAACGCAAGCAAAUCCCAAUCUUUGUGCAGUUAAGAAUUUACAUACACAUCUUUGAUAAGUACCAUUCUUCCAUCAAGUAAAAGUACAAGUGCGUGUCUGCUCCUUUGUCUUUUUACAAGUUAAAUUUUAUUAUUUAUUGUUUACAGUUUUCAAUAAUUGGGAAACCGAUCGAUCAGACAUGAGAAAAAUGCUCACAAGAAUGGAAAUGAAUGAAUUCAAAAUAUAAUAAAAUUGUCAUAAUUUUCAUGUUUCAUGCUGCCUAACAUUGUUUAUGUAGUUGUUUUUCUUUCAAA